GUUCUGGAACUGGUACGGUUGGUGAAAGUGGCCGGCCCCCUGUCGUAGAGGGUAGAGCUUCUCACUGGCGCACCGCGCUCACACCAAUAUUCGUUUAUCGGGAUCGGGCUGUGGAAAAGGUGACAGGGGGUGUUGCGGCGUUUUCCGUGUACCAGUGGCAGUGUGUGAGUGUGUGUUGGUGAUUGAUGCGGGAUCGCGCGGCCGAGAUGGAUGCCGCCGCCGCCGGCCCUCUUCAAUCUUCAGUCCUCCUCCUAAUCGCGAACGCGCCGCCGGCUAAUAAUCGAUCCGCCACCCUAACCUAGCUGUGCCGUGCUACAAAUUAUAACUGACUAUUUUUUACACAUCUCGUUUCUUGUCUUACAUCGUUCUUCUCUUAUCAUCUGUGAUCAGCUGGUGGUAUCAGACUCCCACCACAGUCAUAGGGAGACCUGCGCCAACUACCAUAUACACAACAGAGCCUGACCGAAUGGUAGGCGAGAAUGGUGACGAAGGAAGCGGUAGUCGAAGUGAUCAAGGAUCCGGUGCAGACAGAUGUGUCGCUGUGGAGCGGCGACAAGGAGGCGGUGAAUGGCAAUGGAGGCGGUCCACUGCUGGCGCCGCAGAACGGCUCAUCGGGGGUGGCAGCAGCCCAGCGCGGGGGCGGUGAGCGACUGCCCCUCGACACUGAGGACGAGGACCAGUUGCAGUGUGGACUGGGACCAUGCAGUCCCUGGUGGAUGCAGAUCUUCGCGUCGAAGCAGGCAUUCCUGGUGACAUUCUGCGUGACGUGGGUGCUGCAGGGCAUGUACUACACGUACUUUGUGAGCGUGAUAACAACGAUAGAGAAGCUGUUCCGUCUGCAGAGCAAGACGACGGGCAUGAUAAUGAGUGCGACCGAGAUCGGCCAGAUCGGCUCGUCGCUGCUGCUGACCUAUUACGGCGGACAGGGCCAUCGGCCGCGCUGGAUCGCAUGCGGCAUGGUGCUGUUUGCAGUCUGCUGCUUCGCCUGCGCCACGCCGCACUUCAUCUACGGCCAGGAGCUGCUGCAAGCGAAUGACGCACUGUAUCGCGCCGCGGCGCCGCCGGUCAACGCAACCUUUGACGCCACCGCCGUGCAGCCGAACGUGUGCCGCGCACCCGAGUUACCCAUGUACCAGAACUCACAACUCACCAACCACGAGACCUGCGAGGACAGCACCCGUGCUCGCGAGGACGCCCACUCCAAGAUCACCAACGUCGUCCUCGCCAUAUUCUUCGUCAGCCUGCUGGGCGUCGGCAUGGGCCAGACAGCCGUCUACACCCUCGGCAUCCCCUUCAUAGACGACAAUGUCGCUUCUCGGGAGUCGCCUCUCUACUUCGCCAUCACAAUCGGCGUGCGCAUCCUAGGUCCUGCCCUCGGCUUCAUCCUGGGCUCGCUAUGCACCCGACUCUACGCCGACCUGUCGGUCACCCCCCACAUCACCCCCAAAGACCCCCGCUGGGUGGGUGCCUGGUGGCUGGGGCUGGUGAUCGUCUCCUCCACCCUCAUGCUCGUCUCGUCCGCCAUGUUCAUGUUCCCCAAGCGACUCGGCUCGCACCGACCGACAACUGCCCUCGCCAAAUCCGUGGAGCCGAGAAGUGGCCGCCGAAACCCUAGUCUCAGAGAUUUUCCCAAGGCAGUCAAGAGACUGCUGAAAAACGAUAUACUCAUGUUCAGAACGGCAAGCAGUGUGCUGCAUCUGCUGCCCAUUGCCGGCCUCUACACGUUCCUGCCCAAGUACUUGGAAUCUCAAUUCCGACUGGCUGCUCACGAUGCUAAUCUAGUUUCAGGAACUGGAGGAAUAUUGGUGAUGGGCCUGGGAAUUAUCCUAUCAGGAGUAUUUAUCUUGAGAGUGAAGCCAAAUGCGAAAUUUGUUGCUGGAUGGAUUGCAUUCACUGCUGUCAUUUAUGCUGUUGGAAUGGGGAUACUAAUGGCUGUUGGGUGUCCAAUGAAUGACAUUGAAGGUCUACAUGAGACCGAUGAUGGAAGACUCAUGCUACAACCUGUUUGCAAUACUACUUGUGCAUGUGACCGCAAAAAAUUCAGUCCAAUUUGUGGCUCUGAUGAUCGAACCUAUUUCUCAGCAUGCUACGCGGGAUGUCAAGAUGUCACAAUAGAACAAGGAAAAGUUACAAAUUUCACAGGCUGUUCAUGUAUGCAGCCGAACGAGUUGAACAGUAGCAGUGCAACGGUGGGGUACUGCAAGCAGAGUUGUCAUCAGGACACAUUCGUGCUCUACAUAAUGCUCUUCUCACUGUUCGUGUUUGUGCAUUCCACAUCAGAGGUGGGCAGUAUGCUGCUCAUUCUCCGCUGUGUCGAUCCCAGGGACAAAGCCAUGGCUUUGGGUCUGAUACAAUUCGCCAUAGGAUUAUUUGGUAACGUGCCAUGUCCAAUAGUUUAUGGAGCAGUAGUGGAUUCCACUUGUCUCUAUUGGGAGGACAUCCCUUGUAAUAAGAAAGGAGCUUGCUGGCUCUACAACACUAAAGUGUUCAGGUGGUUCUACCAUGGAACGACGGGUGGCAUAAUGAUGUGUGCUUUCCUUGUGGACAUAAUCGUUUGGUACAAGGCUGGAAACAUCAACUUUGUGGACGAGCAGGUGCCUGUCCAAGAGGAGGAACUCAACCCAAUAACUAGGAAGGAAGAGGAAACGAACAGCUCAAAGUCACAAAUCACGUACCUCGCUGAGUCGACUGCCUGACAUUAGAAACAUUUCUCGAUAGAUAAUCGUUGACUACCUCAAACCAUUUCUACUUGCUUGAGAUCACCACAUUAGAUGGACCAAAGGAGGACUACGAGCAAAUGAGAAUCGAUUCGUAUAAAUUUGAUACUGGCUCCAUUGAUUCCGAUGUUUCUCAACACAUUGAUGUACUAGUCAUGAUGAGGGUAGCCUGAAUUUGUUUGUGAGAAAUUAUCGUGGAUCAAUUGAAUGGAGACAAGUGCUGAUAGAGGCGUUAUCCUGGGUGAGUCUCAUAUACCCACAACGACUACGGUACCAUUAGUGUUUCAUUGAACGUCAAAAAGUAAUUAUAAAGCUGUGCUAUCAAAUUGGUUGUGCUCUCAAAAAUGGAAUGCUGAUGCUGAAUUUCUAUCUAAGACCUGAUUAACUUAUCAUGAAAAUUCUGAUUGGAAUAGAUUUCAAAUUUCAUAUACGGUAAGGUUUAUUGAGUAAAGGGUUACCUUGAGUAAAGGGAUAGAAAUUGAAAUCUUCAGUAGGCAGGCCUACUUGACUGAUUUGAAUCUCUAUUGAGGUGUGAAUAAUAGUAAAUUUAUUUCAAAUAACUCAGUGCUCAACUUUGAAGGCCUAAUAUAUUGAUGAUCCUCUACUAGAAACUAAUCAAGGAUAAUCAACUGUUUGAGAUUUCCAGAAAUCAAUUCAAGAGAGACCAAGUACGAAAUUGAUUGGUGUAAAUACCGACUCUACAAUUGUAUAGAAAAAUACACUAUUUGAUGCAUAUUUUCUUCAAAUGACUAUGUGCAUGAUGAUAAUAAUAUUCAUUAUCAUUACUAACAUGAUUUAUCAUCUUUCAAUUUUGGCGAGACAGAAAUUUUUAGCCUUUCCACUUUUGAGGUUGAAAUCUAUAAAGUAAGCCUCUGUACCAAGCAUCACACUUCUUAUCAAGACUGUAUUCUGUUCCACUCAAGGCUGGAUUAAAAAAAAUAGGUGCGAACCAACUAUUUAGAGUUUAUAGGUACUCGAAUAAUUUAUUAUAUAAUAUUAUUAUAAAUUAAAAUAUGUUUAUAUUAGGAUGUAGGCUCUUAGUCCAGAACUAGUUUGAAGAGAGCUAGAAUAAACAAAUUUUAUCAAUAUUCUACGAUUUCAUAUAUCAUGAAAUUGUUAUAUUAUUCAGCUCUAGAUAAUAUAAAAGUGUGUUUUUCAAAUUUCAACUCCGAAAUUAUGAAUAUAUUCGUGGGAUUAGAAUUAUUUUAAUAUAUCCUUGUUCAAUACGUAGUAUGUUUAUGAAUUAGGUACCACACAGUAUCAAGGAAAUAUUAACCGAUAUUUGAAUUAAUUAAUCAAGUUCAUUCUGGAAUUGCCUUCUGAAAGCCUCAAAGUUAUCAAUAAAAAGGCAGCUUUUAUUGCGUUUUGUAGCUAAUGAUUACAUUUUCUUAAAAUUUGCAUUUUCAUUCAACAAUUAGUUUUUUAUUGAAAACUGGAAAAUGGCACUAGUCUAUCAAAUUUACACUGAAAAUAUAUUUUUCAAUAUUACCAAAUACUAUCAAAUAGUAAUCAUAAGAGUCAUAAAUUUCUGAAAUUAUAAUGAGACUUGAUAUGGAUGAAUUCUCAUUCAUUCAUUGAUUUAGAUACCGCAGUAUAACUCUAUAUCUUGGGGAGAUAUUGUACGAUUUUUUACAAAUUGACCAGUUUACAUUUCAAAAUUCGAUUUUCUAAUAUAUUUUUUAAUUUGUUGGUGAUCACUACAAUGAUGUUAACAAGUGCCUUUCUAGAAAGAUUGAAAAAGCUUUGCUAUAAAUUUCUAGUGUCAAGAGUAAUAGAGUACUCUUUAUUGUUAAAUUUCUAUUGCAAUUUGUGAAAUUCAGUUGAUUCAAAAGAGCAGCUUUGUCUAUCAAUUAUUUAGAGAACAAUUGUUAUUUUCCAAGUUUUCAAUUCUACUGUACUGAGAGCUGGAUUCAUAUUAGGCUUACAAUAGUUUUAAAGAGAAUAGAAUGAUGGAAAUCAUAAUUCUCAUAAAUCAAUUGAAGAAUACAAAUUUAGACGUAAAAAUUAUUUUUGAAAGGCUUUAAUGAUAUGAUUCCAAUUUCAAACUAUUAAGAGAUAUUAUUAUACAUUUUAUUAUUUCAAAAGUUAUUUUUAUUUCGAGCUCCAGGUCUUUCUUAACUCCACAAAGCUAUGUGUUUUGCGCUGUGUGAGUCAGUAAUAAAAAAUCAUUUUUGUCUCUCAUAACUUGUAAUCUGAUAAUUCAUUUGGGUAGAGCUGGCUGGCAUCAAAGCAGGUUAUACAUAUAUGGCAGAGUACUUUUUCAAUAGGGAGACGAUGACUGAUCUAGUUUGUCCCAACUGUAAAUUCAUUUCUGUAGGGAAAAUGUACAUCAGGGAUAUUUUUAUCACUUUUGACGUAUUUUGAUAAAUGCUAACUUUUAUAUUUUUAUAUAUACAAUGUAUAUUAUCUAGCUUGGUAUAAUUUUAGUCAUAAACAAGUAGGAGAUACUGCUGAAUCUGUGAUUGUAAGUAAUUAUUCUUAUGCAUAAUACUGUAGUUAUAUUCUAAGUUGAAUGUUUAAAAGAUGUUCUAUUCACAUAAGGUCAUAAAAUUAGAUCAAAUGCUUUAUUCGGUUGAUAUAUUGUUUAUUUAUUGUUAGUUAUUUGUAUAAUAGGUUUUGUUGAAUAAAAGUGAUGGUGGCUAUUAGGAGUAAGCUGCAAAAAACAUAUAUUUAAAUUGCAUGUGAACAUUUCAAAUGUGCUUCAUUGUUCAUUAAUAUAUGUCUUAUGUAGUAGAGUCACUUCUAUGAUUUUCAUAGGAAUGUCUAUAACUUGAAAAAAAUCAUCGAAGAUAUUUUUCACCCUUCAAAAUUAUUUAUACUCAUUCUAUCAACUAUUGUAUUUCUCCUGAAUUAUUUCAUGAAUCUCUGUAUUGACUAUACAUAGUACAAAUAUUGCUACUCAUAAUGUUUAUUAUGUAAAAAGCUCAUUACAAUGUUUUUUAAUAUCUUGCUGUAUAUUCGAUUAGUAAUAUCUGUGAAUGAAUACUAUGUUGAAUGUUGAAAAUUAUAUUCUAUAGCCUAUUUACUUGAAGUAAAUUCUAUUAUAGUUGUUUUGAUGUUAUAUAUAAAGAGAUUAUAUAUGAUGUACCUUCAACAAA